AUGUCUAAAUCCCCUUGGCCACCUUACCCACCUUGCGCUACCGAUUUGUGCACAAAUCCUGCUUGUUGGUCUCAUGGACAUAAAUUCACAUGGCCUGAAUUGGUUAGAAAGAAUGGGCAAGUAGCUAAAUCAACUAUUGAAAAGGACAAUCCUGAAGUUACCGUCAGGAUAUUACCACCAGGAAGAGGUGGAUUCUCAGAUUUUGCUGCAAUCGUGUUUAUGUUUUCCUUGACGAUAACGGCAAUGUUAUCAAUGUCCCUACUGUUGAUAUUGCCUGGAGUACAUGGAUUUCUUGCAUUGAAUCUUGUUCAAUUCAUUCUGACAAUGCCAAAGCAUCUGAAAUCUUGUUUCUUAUACCUUGGCAUGUUCCCAGAGGAUUAUGCUGUCAAUUGUGCAAGAUUGGUUCGACUGUGGAUUGCAGAGGGGUUUGUAAAACAACGAGAUGGUGCAACACUAGAAGAAGUUGCAAGAGAAUACUUGACUGAGCUCAUACACAGAAACUUGGUUCAAGCAGAAUUGCUUGAUUAUGAUGGUGUGGUUAGAAACUGUCGAGUCCACGAUUUAAUGCAUGAGGUCAUUCUUUCCAAGGCAGAUGAACUGAAUUUGAUGCAAACUUCAGCCAAAAAUAUACAAUGUCCUAAUCAAACAGCUCGAUACCUCUCAAUCAAGGAUGAAUCAAACAACGUGUCAAGAAGCGGCGGUUGCUCAAAAACUCAUUCAAUCAUCUUUUGUGAGGUAAACGAAUUUCCCAAAUCUUUGCUCAGUUCAUUGUUUGUGAAUUUCAUACUUUUGAAAGAAUUAGAUUUUGAGGGAGUUCCAUUGAAUUACUUACCUGAAGAAUUGGGAAACCUCUUGCAUUUGAAAUAUUUAAGUGUAAGAGAUACAAAAGUAAAGAUGCUCCCAAAGUCCUUAGCUAAGUUGCGCAACCUAGGAACUUUGGAUUUGAAACGUUCUCUUGUGCGUGAAUUACCAGUUGAGAUCAAUAAGCUCUCCAAUUUGCAACAUCUUAUAGCUUAUUCUGAGGAUUAUGAUACUCGACAAGGGUUGAAAAUACGCGGUACUCUUCGAAGUUUAAACUCCUUGGAAAAGCUUUAUUAUGUGGACAUGAAUGCACAAAAUAAUUUUGGUUUUAUUAGAGAGUUGGGAAGUUUGAAGCAUUUGAGAAAGUUGGGAAUCACUAACCUAAAAUCAGAAGGUGGGAAUGCUCUGUGCAAUGCCAUUGAGCAUAUGUCUUACCUCGAAUCACUGGAUGUUAUUUCAGUAAAGGAGAACGAACUUCUCCAAUUGCAAUCAAUGUCAUCUCCUCCCCUUCUUUUGCAUUGCCUUCGGCUUCAAGGACGUCUGGAAAAGUUGCCUGAUUGGAUUUCUGAACUAAAGUGCCUAGUUAGGAUUCGAUUAUUUUGGUCACAAUUGUCAGAUAUUCCACUCAAACAGAGGAACAAGAACAUAACUCUAACAUGACAAUACCAUGUUAGUAAGAUAUGAGCUCUUUGAUUUCA